AUUGUUUCCUCUUUGUGCAAGAUUUAAUGUCAUAGACCUCCCAAUUGCAUGUUUUGUAUAUAACUAUAGGCUUUCCUGAAGUAAUUCAUAUUUGCUGGAAGUAUGGAUUUAUUAAUUUUGCGCCUUGUCGUGGUGGCGCUAGUCUACAAAAAUGUGGUAGGUCAAUCAGUGGCCAUAUGCGAUGGAAUUCAAGAUAGCAUUGCCUUAACGAACACCUACAAGACUAAAACAAUGCCCGAUUUAAUGAAGAACUUAAAUGAUAUUUAUAAAGUCAUACUCGGAGAAAGUAAAACUGACGACACGUUGACCUCUGCAGAAAAGAAUUCACUGAAAGUGAUUCUUAAAAGUCUUACGUUAAUGCCAAAACAGGUAAAACUUAUCCAAAAGGGAAUUUCGGCCAUGAGUUCAGGCUCUCCCCGCGUCAAAUCAAAGUACAGGGAACUGGACGCAAACAAUUACAUCAGUAUAUUAGGAGACAAUCUAAUGAGACAGGCCGAUGACUAUUUGGUCUCGUUUGAUUCACUGACGUGGGAACAAAAACGAUCGCAAAUUAAUACUCUGUCUUCACUUGGUAAAAGAUGGGGUAAAGAUAUAGCCAGUGCACUUAGAAAGCUUGAUGAUGGUCCGGAAAAGACGACAAUGACCUCUU